AUGUCAGAAAGAAAGGUCCUCAACAAGUACAUUCCACCUGAUUAUGAUCCUUCAAUACCUCCUCCGAAGAAAAAGAAAAAUCACGGUCCCAAUGGAGGAAGAACGACUGUGCGUCUAAUGUUGCCAUUCUCUAUGAAAUGCCAUACGUGUGGUGAAUAUAUAUACAAAGGAAAGAAAUUUAAUGCUCGAAAAGAGAAAACUGGAGAGAAAUACUUUUCAAUUGAUAUUUUGAGGUUUUAUAUUCGAUGUACUCGAUGUGCGGCAGAAAUUACUUUUGUUACUGAUCCCAAACAUGCCGAUUAUGCUGCUGAAAAAGGUGCAUCUAGAAAUUUUGAGCCUUGGCGAGAGGAAAAAUUACAAGCCUACGAGGAGAAUGAAUUGGCUGAAAGUGGAGCUUUGCCUGAAGAAGAUGAAAUGGAAAAAUUAGAGCAGAGAACAAUGGAUACUAAGAGGCAAAUGCAAAUGAGUGAUGCUCUUGAUGACUUGCGAGAGAAAAGCACAAAACGCUCGAGGGUAAAUGUUGAUGAUGCUAUCACAUUGCUACGCGAUGAAUCAUAUGGCACAAUUGACAGCGACGAGCGUUCGCGGCGAGAGCAGGAAGAAAAAGAAAUUGAAAAGGAAGCUCAAUCUUUGUUUAUUUCUCAAGAUGGAGAGUUGGUUCGUAGAGUUUCCGCCGAUGAACCAAAAGAAGUUCCAAAAGCAGCCGGACUUGUUUCCCCAGCAUUGACGGCUUCCCAGCUACCAAAAUUUCAAGCACCUAAACGAGCUGAAAGACGAAAAGUCGAAAAAAGGAAAGUCGUGGUUUAA